UUCAGUAAUGGCUUCUCUUAAGCUCUUGUUUUCCCUUGUUGUUCUCAGUUCCGUGCUGUCCAUUCAAGCAUCUUAUCCUUCUUUUGAAGAUAACGGCGUCAAUGUCCUUGAAUCCAAGAAAGUUAACCUCUCUCUGUAUUAUGAAACUCUAUGCCCAUCCUGUGCGAGCUUCAUUGUAAAUGAACUAGCAGCUAAGUUAUUCGAUCCCGAAGGGGAUCUCAUAAGCAUUGUCAACCUCAGGCUAGUUCCAUAUGGAAAUGCUCAGGUCAAAGCACCUAACAAGACCAUCGUUUGCCAGCAUGGCCCAGACGAAUGCUACUUUAACAGUAUAGAAGCCUGUGCAAUCCACCUCUGGUCAGACGUGGUAAGGCCAUCUUUUUUUUACCAUAAAUCAAAGAAGCGGCAUUUCAAGUUCAUUCGUUGUCUUGAGAGUAAACUUAUUGAAGGACUGCACUCCUCGAAAGAAUAUGCUUGGGAAUCUUGUUGUGUAAAACUUAAGAUGGAUUCGGAUCGUUUGGGAAAUUGCUACCGCAGUGGAUAUGAGAAGAAGCUUAUACUUGAAAAUGCUAAAGAAACAGACCACCUUGUUCCGCCUCAUGAGUACGUCCCAUGGGUGGUUGUUAAUGGACAACCGCUGAAGGAUGAUUACCUAAAUUUUGUGAGGUACGUCUGCAACGCUUACAAAGACAGUCCGAAACCAAAGGCUUGCGGAUCAUAUCCACACAACAUCAAUUCAGGUGGAAAGGCAAACUCGAGCCUAGAAGGAUGCUAUAAAGGUGAAGAACGCGGGGGGAGCUGAAACACUUCAGUCUGAUUCAAUAUGGUUCUGCAUCAUCCAUUAAUUUGCUCUGGGGAGCAUUGCUGAUCUACUAGCAUCACAAAAUAAAGGACUAGCAUGUGUUUAGUGUUCAGAGUUUUAGGAAACAAAAGAUUAAAACAGGUACAAUUAAAGUACCAAAAUCCAAAGAAUAAACAUUAAUGUAAAACAAAAGGAAGCAUAUGU